AUGCUUUCACUCGGCUCAAUCUGGAAACUAUAUGUCGUUUUGGCCGUGAUUACCCUUGUCAGCCUACCAGCCGUUGAGCUUGCCCAAGUCAAACGACACGCCUUUUCACGGAGAGACGCGCCAAAGGACGGUACCCCAGCCCAGGAUGUUCUCUGUGGUGACAACUGGCGUACAGCUAGCUCUACAACAGUACCAGCGGACCAAGUCUCUUGUAGAGGAUACGAUGGUCUACCCUACUUUUGCCUGGCGAGUACAUGUCAUUUUGAGAGCAAAGAAGGCACGACACCAGAGAAUGGCUUCUCCCUCAGCGACUGGCGUUUUAAAGACUGCUUACGUUACCCCAAUCCAGGAGAGACAGCCCCAUCAACAACACUAAUAGCAUUAAUGUCUCCAAUUCAAAUCUGGGCUCACAAUCAUGACGGAUAUCUUUUGGCCAUGGGUUGGGACGAUCCAAACAAUAAGAUAACACGUCUUUAUAAAUGCUCAUGGGCUGACCGUCCUGACACAAACAACCAAAGACCUAUGUGUGGACAAUGUACCCAUCAAGAAUUCAAAGAUAUCCCUGAACCUAUUCCUCCUCCCACCUAA